UUCCACUCUAACAGUCAAUGUAAAAUAGUAAAAAUGAAGCCAAUGUACAGGUCAUAAUGUUACUAUCAAUAAUGUUCAAUAUUCUACCUGAUCAUGGUGAGGGAUGGUGUGAUCAUCUUGUGUGGGAUCCUGAGAACAUAGAAGACUUGGGCAUCUCUCUAGUGGGUUCCCAUUACUGGAUCCAUCUACCUGAUGAUGGUGAGGGAUGGUGGGACCUUCCUGUGUGGAAUCCUGGGAAUACAGAGGACGGGGACAUCUCUCUGGUGGGUUCCCAUGACUGGAUCCAUCUGAAUGUUGCUCAUAUUUCUACUCUGAAAAUUAAAUAUAAUAGUAAAAAUGCCAUUACUGUGCAGAGUAUAAUGUAACUACCAAUGAUUGUAAAUCUUCAACCUGAUGAUGGUGGGGGAUGGUGUGACCUUCCUGUGUGGAGUCCCGGGAAUACAGAGGACGGGGGACAUCUCUCUGGUGGGUUCCCAUUACUGGAUCCAUCU